AUGGGUGAGAACACAGUUCAGGAGGAUUAUAUGUUUAGUCGUGGAUUUCGAGAUUCGGCACGACUUCAUAUUCAACAUCUGCUGUGGAACAUACGCUUGGGAUGGCUACUUCAUCCGUCAAUUCUCGUGCCGACAGCUCCCCAAAGAGAGGAUAUGUUCUCCAUUGCCGAUGUAGGAAUUGGCAGUGCAGAUUGGCUGCUAGAAUUAUCACAGAAAGUCUCUCCCAAUGUCCAACUUCAUGGUUUCGACAUAUCCAGCGAGCUUUUUCCAGCAAAAGAAUAUCUUCCCUCGAACAUGAAGCUUGAGACUCUCGAUGCUUUCGGAACAUUGCCAGAACACCUCAAGGGAAAAUUUGAUGUUGUUCAUAUUAGGGCUUUUACAAUUGUUGUAAAAGGGGGUCAUCCUGGAGUGUUGCUGGACAAUCUUAUUGCUAUGCUGAAGCCGGGAGGAUAUCUUCAAUGGGAUGAGAUGGAUUCUGCAUCUUUCAGUGCCAAUUCCCCAAAUGAAUUCACGCCCAAAGUGAAUAUGGAACUAGUUAUAGACAGGUUUCAAGACAUGUGCAAGAAGAGUGAUCUAGAUUUUGGGUGGAUCUCCAAUUUGGCAGAGAUAUGUAACCAACAAGGUCUGAAAGUCGUCGACAAUUUCCGCCUUCCUUGUAAUGACGUGUUGAGACAAAUGACAACGGACAAUUAUUUGAUGGGCCUUGAAGAUCUGGGAUAUGUCGUUUCGGAGAGAGCACUUGGGGAAAGAACAGCUUAUAGACUGGCGUUCAACAAAGCGGUACUGGAGACGAGAAAAGGGGUUAGCAUUUCUAUGGAUAUGGUUGUUGUUGUGUGUCAAUUGGAGAAGAAGUGA